AUGCCUGCUAUUCAACGCUCCCUCGUCGUCCGUGACGACGGCAACGAGUCCACUCUCACCCCAACGAUGGUGAAGCUCAUCAUCGCCCUUCUCUCCCUCCUCGUCUUCGCCCUCUUUUGCGUCGGCCUCCUCUUCGUCCUCCGCCGCGUUCGCCGACGCCGCAACGCCUCCUCCCGCCGCACUGGUUCCAUAUCCGAAGAGCCCCUCACCCCCCGGAACCCUCGCGGCCUGAGCAUCCAAGCCGCCCCAUACGGCCGUGAGUCCGUCUACGUCAUCCAGGAGAAGCAGAACCUCAUGGCCAGUUCUAACUCGCCACCCCAGAGCCCGGUCCCGGAGAUUCGUAUCACCUUGCCGGACGAGCUGGACAAGCAGGGCAAGCGCCAGUCGGGCCGGGUGGUCGUGGUGCGGGUUGGCGAUAAGCCCAAUAGCGUUGGGAUGGCGCCGGUCAACGAUAAGGAGAACCUGCCGCCGUAUCAGCAGUCGGAUGCGGAUCGGUAUCAGUCGCUGGAUUUGGAACGGAUCGGUGGAUUGAAAGAGAUUGGUGGAGAGAAACGGUGGUCGUAA